ACAAUGGAUAAUGACACAUCUGUGUUUCUUCUACUGGAAUUCUCAAAGAUUUGGGAACUAAAGGUUAUGUACACAGCUAUAUUUCUGAUUCUGUAUUUAAUGACAAUAACAGGGAAUGUUCUCAUUAUCUCUGCAGUUGCUUUUGACUCCCAUCUUCACACUCCCAUGUACUUCUUCCUGGUGAACUUAGCCCUACAAGACAUUGGCUCUGUUUCACUCAUUGUCCCCAAGUCUAUUAUCAAUUCCAUUAUUAAUACACAACAUAUUUCUUAUUCUGGAUGUGUUGCUCAAGUCCUCUUGUUUGUCUUCUUUGCAGACUCUGAUAUUUCUCUUCUUACUGUCAUGUCGUAUGAUCGGUUUGUUGCCAUUUGCAAUCCUUUACGAUAUGAAAUGAUAAUGAACAGGAAGGCUUGCACCCAAAUGAUUGGCAGCGUGUGGAGUGCCAGCUUUCUCAAUGCUGUAUUAAACACUAUUGGAACUUUUACUACUUCUUUCUGCUCUAAUGUGAUCAAUCAGUUUUACUGUGAAGUCCCACAGUUACUUAAGCUUGCCUGCUCAGAUUCAUAUGUAAUUGAAAUUGGAGGUAUAGUAUUUAGUUUUACAUUAGCAUUUGGUUGUUUUGCCUUCAUCAUUGUUACUUACAUACAGAUCUUCAUUGCUGUUUCAAAAAUCCCUUCUGUUCAGGGAAGGAAAAAGGCCUUCUCCACUUGCUUCCCUCACCUUACAGUUUUCUCUUUAUUCUUGUUUACUUCUUCAUUUGCUUACCUGAGGACUCCAUCUGAUGCACCAUCACACUUUGAUUUUGCGAUUACAAUAAUGUAUGCCAUUGUUCCACCCAUGUUAAAUCCUUUAAUAUACAGCUUGAGAAACAAGGACAUCAACGUUGCUCUUUCACGACUUUUUGGUCUGAAGACUCUUAUUUCAGUUGACAAGAGUAGGAGCAGACAUAUGGAGAUUUAG